AAGUCACGUGACUCAACCCGGAAGUUGUUGGUUAAUAAAAUGGCGGUUGCUAGCUCUGAUGACUCUUCCAACUUUUUUGUGGCCGAAGACAUGCUCGCACACUCCAACAGUUCAAAUUGGGACCCCUGUCACAGCAAAGAUUGGGAUAAAGAGAAACCAACGCCCCAGUGUAUUCUUCGGAUAAAGAGAGAUAUUAUGACAAUAUAUAAUGAACCACCUCCAGGAAUGUGUAUAGUUCCAGACAAAGAAGAUAUUACAGAAAUUCAUGCAUUAAUUACUGGACCUUUUGAUACGCCUUAUGAAGGAGGUUUCUUCUACUUUCUAAUUCGGUGUCCCCCAGAUUACCCCAUCAGACCUCCACGAGUAAAACUAAUGACUACUGGUGAUGGUCGAGUCCGUUUUAACCCUAACCUUUACAGAAGUGGUAAGGUGUGUUUAAGUAUCAUAGGGACCUGGAGCGGUCCAUCCUGGAGUCCUGCCCAGUCUCUUUCCAGCAUUCUGAUAUCCAUCCAGUCUUUAAUGAAUGACAAACCAUAUCAUAAUGAGCCAGGUUUUGAGCAGGAGCGUAACGUCGGUGAUGCUAAACGAUAUAAUGAUGUGAUACGGCACGAGUCUCUACGGGUUGCAGUUUGUGAUAUGUUGGAAGAACGAUGUACCUGUCCACAAGCACUUCGAGAAGUGAUGGAAAAAUCCUUCCCCACGUAUUAUGAUUAUUAUGAAUCUGUAUGUAAAGCCAACCUCCUGAAGCAGGGGCAGACAAUGCUGGAUCCUUUCGGUGACAAACGAGGCUCAUUUGACUACCAGUCCCUAUUAAAGAGGCUCCAUGCCAUCAAGAAGAAACUAGAAGAGAAACAAAUAGCAUCGGAUGAAGAAGGGUCAUCAGACUCAGAAAGUGACAUUGUGAAUGACUCCAGUCAAAGCUGAUGUUUGUCGCCCACUACAAGUGACUGGACAACCAUCGAUUGGAGGCAGUGGGGUGGGACACAGAUGGACUACAAUGAUAAGUUGUGUUGCUGUUGGCUGCCAAAAGUACAUCGAUACUAUGGCUACAGAACACCUCUCUCACUCUCUCUCUUUCUUUCUUUCUCCUCUCCUACCUUGAUUCAUUGUGAUAUGAGCUUCAGACAGUCUCAAUGUAUAAAUCCGGUAAACCUCUUUUUUUAACCCUCCCACUUGUCCAGCCAUACAUACACACAUGCAUGUGCCUCCUGUUUCCUCUUUAUCUUUCUUCAUUGUCUUUUGCAGUGCGGAAACGGUAAUGAGCAGGGAGCAUUUGUUAAAUCUGAAGACCUGAAGAUCUACUUUCUGCUCUUUUCUAACUUAAAGCAAUCGCCCUGCUGGUUUGUCCAGCUGUUGUUGCUUUAUGUCUGUAUAUAAGGUUGGUGGAACAAACAGGAAAAUAUAGAACUCAAUACAUGAAUAUAUUUUCAAUUAAUAGAAAAGUUACAAAAGUGACUCAAGGGUCAACGGUUUUGUGCAUACCACUUACAAAAAUUUGGUAAGUACUGGGUGCAAAUCUCUUAGACCUUGUGUCAUGUUUGUACUUCUCUGCUGAUGUAUGUUUGUGUGUGUGUGUGGAUGUGGUUUUUAUGUAUGUAUAUGUGAGUUCUGGUUUUGUUUUAGAAACUUCUCACCAAUACAAAUUGUCUCCAGUCCAGAAGCAAGGCUCUCAGUGGAAUCUUGACUGCAUCAACUAGGUAGCCAUGCAUGGCUGUGCAUGCAAACAUAUCGUUAUGUGUGAAGUUGUGUAUAUAUCUGUGUGUGUGUAUGUUAUUUUUUAAGCUGAAAGUCCUUCAGUAAUUUUUGAUAUGCCAGUUUCGUGCGUAACACAUAAAAAUGAAAACUGUCCAUUUUUAGAGUGUUGUUUCUAGCUAAUAAAGAAUAUUCUGAUAGAUUCUGAAAAACAUUGAUUAGGCCCACACUGUAAACAGUGCACAAAUUUGAAUUCUAAUAUAAAUGAUCAAUAAAAAUAAUAUUAAGGCUGUAAUAGUUAAUUUAAUUCCAAAAAAAGAAAAUGUGUUUAUGUAUAGAUUGCCUCAGUAAUAUAUAUAUAUAUAUAUAUAUUUCUAUAUAUAUAUAUAUUUGUCUAAUUCAUGCUAGCAUGGAAAGACAGGUGUAAAAACAAACAAAUGAAUAUAUAUAUAUAUGUACAGUUGUACGUAUUUUUGAUUUGUACCAUUGAACUGCAGCCAUACUAGAACACUGUCCAUGUUUGUGUAAGAGUGUAUGUGUGUCUACACAUGCAGAUCUGUUAAGAUGUAAGAAAAUAUAUACAUAUAUAAGUAUCAAGUACUUGUGUGUACUUAAAUGUAUGCUUAUUCUUAUACAUGUAUGUACACACAGGAAAAUUUACAACGUGCAAAUUUUCCAGUUAUAUAAUGUAACUUAAAGUGUGUAUAUACACAAGAUAUGCUGUAUGUCAAUGUAGAAAUUGUGAGACAAUGCAAAAGUUGUUGGUGACAUAGGAAGUAUCGGUGAGUAUGAUUAUAUUUGUGUGUUUGUGGUGCAUGUGUAUACACACACUUUGUAUGUAUAUAGAUAUACACAUAAAUAUAUGCUGUUCACAUAUUUGUCUGCCAAAAGACUUCAGGUUGUCAACAGAUUUCCUUCAUAUCUAGUAAUAUCUAGAAUGAAUAAUAAUACUAAUAAUGAUUUUUUUUUUUGUUUAUAAUUAUAUAGUUCAUUGUGUUAUUUUAUUUAUUUUUUUUAAUCGUUAUUUUAAAAAAACAAAUUCUGUUAUUUUUUACUGGAUAUUCUGUAUCUAAAACUAUUUUCUUUAUUAAUAAACAUUAAAGAUAU